AUGGAGGGCGCAGUGUCGGACGUGGGGGUCUGCAACCUGGCCUAUGCAGGGCGCCUGGAGGAGCUGCGGGCCCAACUUCUGCGCGACAGGGCCUUGGCCACUAGGGCCGACCAGGACAACCGGACCGCGUUGCACUGGGCCUGCUCGGCUGGACACACGGAAGUCGCCGACCUCCUUCUCAGCCUCGGUGUGCCUGUGGGUGACAAGGACGAUGCUGGCUGGACUCCAUUACACAUUGCAGCUUCGGCAGGCCGAGACGAAAUUGUGAAAGCCCUCAUUGCCAAGGGUGCUCACAUAAAUGCUGUCAAUCAGAAUGGGUGCACGCCCCUGCAUUAUGCAGCCUCCAAAAAUAAGCAGGAGAUCGCAGUCAUGCUUUUAGAGAAUGGCGCUGAUCCGGAUGCAACAGAUCAUUUUGAAUCCACCCCAUUACACAGAGCAGCAGCCAAAGGAAACCUGAAAAUGGUACAGAUUCUUCUGCAGCACAAAGCAUCUGUCAAUAUACAGGAUUCUGAAGGAAAUACUCCUCUUCAUUUAGCCUGCGAUGAAGAGAGAGUGGAGGAGGCAAAGCUGCUGGUGUCUCAUGGUGCGAGUGUUGACAUUAAGAAUAAAGAGGAACUGACCCCCCUGAAAGUGGCAAAGGGUGGCCUGGGAGCUGUGCUUAAAAGGAUGGUGGAAGGCUAG